AUGGCGUCCAGCGACGAGAAGCCACGGCAAUCUCCGGCCUCGGCGGCCGGUGGCGACACCGCGCCCCCGGGGCAGCCGACCACGGUGGCGUCCAAGGUGCUGGACAUGGGCGCGGCGGCGUUGCAGUCGCUGCGCCCCGUGAAGCAGGUGAAGCAGCACGUGUGCACGUUCGCGCUGUACUCACACGACCCGAAGCGGCAGGUGGAAACGCACCACUACGUCUCCCGCCUCAACCAGGACGUCCUCCAGUGCGCCGUCUACGACUCCGACAGCCACGACGCUCGCCUCAUCGGCGUGGAGUACAUCGUGUCGAGGCAGAUCUUCGACUCGCUGCCGGCGGAGGAGCAGCGGCUGUGGCACUCGCACGCGCACGAGAUCAAGGCGGGGCUGUGGGCUAGCCCGCGCGUGCCGGCCAUGCUGGAGAAGCCGGAGCUGGACCACAUGGCCACCACGUUCGGCAAGUUCUGGUGCACCUGGCAGGUGGACCGCGGCGACAAGCUCCCGCUCGGCGCGCCCGCGCUCAUGGUGUCGCCGCAGGCCGACCCCGCGGCAACCGUGCGCCCCGACCUCGUGCGGAGGCGCGACGACAGGUACGGCUUCUCCACGGAGGAGCUCCGCGCCGCCAGGGUCGACGUCGAGGCGCCCGCCGAGGAGCACCCGGGCCAGGCGGCCGACUACUGGCUCCGGCACCGCAAGGGGUUCGCCGUCGACGUCGUGCCGCACGAGAUGAAGCGCCACGCGCCGUUCCCGUGAGCACUUCAACUUGUUCCCAU